AUGCCGGUCAGCAGGAUCGCCGUGGGGAGCCACCGUGAGGUGUACGAGGUCGGCGCCCUCAAGGCGGCGCUCGCCGAGUUCAUCUCCACGCUCAUCUUCGUCUUCGCCGGCCAGGGCUCCGGCAUGGCCUUCAGCAAGCUGAGCCCCGACGGCGCGGCGACCCCCGCCGGCCUGAUCUCGGCGGCGAUAGCGCACGCCUUCGCCCUGUUCGUGGCGGUGUCCGUGGGCGCCAACAUCUCCGGCGGGCACGUGAACCCGGCCGUGACCUUCGGCGCCUUCGUGGGCGGCAACAUCACCCUCUUCCGCGGCCUGCUCUACUGGAUCGCCCAGCUCCUGGGCUCCACCGCCGCCUGCUUCCUCCUCCGCUUCUCCACCGGCGGGCUCCCCACCGGCACCUUCGGGCUGACCGGCAUCGGCGCGUGGGAGGCGGUGGUGCUGGAGAUCGUCAUGACCUUCGGGCUGGUGUACACGGUGUACGCCACCGCCGUGGACCCCAAGAAGGGCAGCCUGGGCACCAUCGCGCCCAUCGCCAUCGGCUUCAUCGUGGGCGCCAACAUCCUGGUCGGCGGCGCCUUCUCCGGCGCGUCCAUGAACCCCGCCGUCUCCUUCGGCCCCGCCCUCGUCAGCUGGGAGUGGGGGUACCAGUGGGUGUACUGGGUCGGCCCCCUCAUCGGCGGCGGCCUCGCCGGCGUCAUCUACGAGCUGCUCUUCAUCUCCCUCGUUUGCUUUGAAUCAAUCAGUCCUGGGAUCCGUCGAUCGGUCGGUCAGUCGAGUCAGUUUGUGGUGCGUGCGUGGAGCUGUAAAAGCGUGGAUGAUCUCGAUCUGGGAUGA